AUGCAAUCCGAAUUAGAUUUAUUAAAACAAAGAAUUAUUGAGCUUGAAACUGAAAAUGCGGAGCUUAAGGCUAAAGAAGCGAUGUUUAUGGCUAGAAUAAUGGAAUUAGAACAAAAUGCUAAAAAAGUGAUCAUGAAACUAGAGCGGUCAACAAAAGAAAGUAAGAAACGAUUUGCAAAAUUGGAGCAGAAGCAAUUACAAAAUGAUGCUGUAGACAGGUUAGACAAUUCUUCUGAGAGUAUUAUUAAUGCAUCUGAUCCUAUCUACGUAAACAUAAAUGCCAUUUUCAUCGAGGCCAGUAGUAAAGUCUUGAGAAAUUCUAAUUAUUGGUUUAAAAAUAUUACCAUUGGAGAUGGAUGUAGAAUGAUUUGA